UGCUUUCUCGUCCAAAGAAGUGGAAUGUUAUCCUAACAUUUUUCGGUUGAACUUCCUUGUACCGGAAGUUGUGUCAGCGGAAUCAGUUCAAGCGAGUUCUAAAAAAAAAAAAAAAUAAAAUGCUUGAAAGAGUGGAUGGCAUUUUUAUCAUCACCCCAGUGGCCGAGGAUGACAGGAAAAAGCAUCCCAGUUUUGGUGAAACUAAAAGCCAUUCCUUUGAUGAAGCGAUUGAUAUAGUAGGAUUUGGUCGAACGGGAUGGCAAGUGUUCUUGGUUUCGGCCCUGGUUAUGCUAGCUGUGAUCAACGAAACUAUGGGUAUUUCUAUCAUAAUUCCAGCGGCCCGCUGUGACCUCAAUCUGUCGGCUACCGACAAAGGUAUGCUGACCGGGGUCAGCUUUGCAGGUAUCAUCUUGACGUCGCACUUCUGGGGCUACUUGGCGGAUACGAAAGGGCGCAAGAAUGUCAUCAUCGUAUCGCUGAUGCUCACCUCGGUUUGCUCCCUGAUGUCUAGCAUGGCAGCCACCUUUGGCACGAUGGUGGUUCUCCGGUUGUUCGCUGGAAUGUGUAUCUCCGCACCAUCCGCGACGAUCUACGCCUAUCUGGGUGAGUUCGUCAGAACCGACAAGCGCACCCUGAUGAUUUCCUUCGCGAGCGUAUCGGUAGGGCUGUCGUCCGUAUUCGUUGGUUCCAUUGGUUGGGCUGUUCUUUCCCAGAACUGGUCGGUGCUAAUCCCCGGAUUGAUGAUUGACUUUCGUCCGUGGCGGCUGCUGCUGGUCCUGUUCUCGCUUCCGGGGGCCAUCGGAGCUGUGUGGAUGUAUUUUCUACCGGAAAGCCCCAAGUUCUAUCUUGCGCAAGGUCUCGACGAUAAAGCGCUGGCGGUGCUGCGACAGAUGUACGUGGAGACGCACCCGGGCCGAGGGCUGCAGGAUUGUCCGGUUAAGCGAAUUACACCGGAAGUGGGUGAAGCGGGAACCACCGUUCAUGCCACUGGAAAAGGAUUGUGUGCCGUAUUGAGGGACAUGUGGGAUCAAACCGUGCCGUUGUUUAGCAGGCCGCAUUUGCUGUAUUUUUCCGUUUGCUGUGCGUUGCAGUUUGGGAUGUUUUUUGUCUCGGCCGGCAUGGGUCUCUGGUAUCCGGAGAUCGUAAACCAAAUGACGACGAGAAAUCAGAACGGGUCGGAGACUAUUUGUGAGGCUUUGAAAGGCGUCGAUUCCCCGGAUGAAGAUUUCGUUUCGUACGAAAACAAUUUCCUUUUAGAAAAGGAUGCCUUGGAACUCUGCGAUGAUCAUGUUUCACAGGACGCUUUUGUAUGUUUAGUGGUUCUGGGAUCAGUUUACUCAUUGCUGUACCUGAUAAUGACCGCUUUCCUGAAGUGCAUGAAUCGAGGCUAUAUUUUGGUAUCCCAUUUGAUCAUUUCUGGUGUCAGUGGUGUGCUACUGGUGUUCGUUAAUCAAACCCAGGCAGUGUUAGUUCUGAUUUGUUUCCUGAUUAUUUUUGCCGGUUCCUCAAUUAGUUUGGUCAACGGAGCAGCAGUAUCAUUAUUUCCCACCAAUAUUCGGGCCACGGCCGUUUGUCUCAGUUUAAUGAUGGGUCGGUUGGGAAGUGUUGCCGGGACAAACUUUAUUGGACUGAUUUUGGAAGACCAUUGCCAUUUAACUUUCGCUCUGUUUGCCGGUUGCUCUUUGCUGGGAGCCAUCCUUGCCCUGAUUCUUCCAAGUCGAUAGA